AUGGCAAGAAGAAAAGCGGUCACGAAACAGGUCAAGGCAGAAGAAGAAGCGUCAGACCUGUCGCCGCCGCCCGCGGGCCUGCUGAAGGAGGAGCCUGCGGUCAAAGGCACCAAUAGAGCAGAUGAGACGUCCAAGGGCAAGAAGCGAAAGCGGAAGACGAAAGAGACGAAGAACGAGGAACCAGUCCAUGAAGACGUGAAGGCUCCGACGAAGAGAGGGAAGCGCCGCAAGGUCGAAGAGAAGGAAGAGGAGGAGGAGGUCGUUGCUGGUGCUGAGGAGCAGAACGGCGGAGUGGUCGAGAAGAAGGUCAAGCGGAAGCGCAAGACCAAGGAAGAGAAGGAAGCAGAGGCUAUGCCGCUCGCUGCUCGAACGGUGGGACACAAGCUGUACAUUGGUGCACACGUCAGCAGUGCUGGAGGCGUCCAUAACUCCGUCGUCAACAGUGUGCACAUCGGCGCCAAUGCCUUUGCCUUGUUCCUGAAGUCUCAGCGCAAAUGGGCCAAUCCACCAUUGGCCGACGAAGCACGUACGACGUUCCACUCCAAUUGCAGCUCGCACUCCUACGACCAGACGCAGCAUGUCGUCCCUCAUGGCUCGUAUCUGGUCAACCUCGCCCACACCGAUAAAGCACGAACGACUCAGGCCUACGAUGCUUUCCUCGAUGAUCUCCAGCGAUGCGAGAAGCUCGGUAUUACGCUCUACAACUUCCACCCCGGCGUGGCAAACUCGACGAAUGGUGACCGGCAAGUAGCAAUCGCACAUCUGGCUUCGAACCUCAACAAGGCUCACAAAGCAACUUCAAAGGUCGUCACGUUGCUUGAGAACAUGGCAGCAGGUGGCAAUGUGCUCGGAAGUACCUUCGAAGACCUCCGCGACACCAUCGCCUUGAUCGACGACAAGGAGAGGGUGGGAGUGUGUCUGGACACCUGCCAUGCCUUUGCAUCCGGCUACGAUCUUCGCACGCCGGAAGCCUUCAAAGCGACGAUGAAAAAAUUCGAAGCGACUGUCGGCUUCAAAUACCUCCGCGCCAUGCACAUCAACGACUCCAAGGCACCUUUCGCCUCGCACAAGGACUUGCACGCCAACAUAGGUACCGGCUUCCUGGGUCUGCGAGCCUUUCACAACAUUGUCAACGAGCCACGAUUCCAGGGUCUGCCGUUAAUACUGGAGACUCCAAUCGAAUCGCGCGAUGAAGACGGUGCGCUGUUGAAGGACGAGAAAGGCAAGGAAAAGGAAGAUAAGGGCAUUUGGGCUCGCGAGAUCAAGCUCCUGGAGUCCAUGGUUGGCAUGGACCUGGAGAGUGAAGAGUUCUCGUCUCAAGAAAAGGCUCUAGCGAAGCGAGGCGCGCCGGAGCGGCAGAGGCUGACUGAUCAGAUCGAGAAGAAGCGCGAGAAGGAUGAGAAGAAGGCCAAGACUCCGAAGAAGAAGAAGCAGGGUAAGAAAGGGGUGAAGGGGGAGGCAGCAGACGAAGAAGACUCGAUGUCGGCUGCUUCGCCGCUCAGUGAUUUGUCGAGCGAUCAUGAGGUAAAUGACGGGACAGGCUGA